ACUGACAUUUUCAAGCUCUCUUUUAUCGACUAUAGAUUCUUUUCCGUCAGAACUACAACACGUACGCCACUUCAUUGGAAUUACGUUAAACUGAUUCAAAAAUUUAACUGUUGAAACGUAUCGAAACGAAUAUAACUUGUCCUUACAAAAGAGUUAUUUUCUCAUUUUGAUAUCUUUUCAUAUCCUUUUAAUUAACAUAUGGAUGAAAAUGAUUAUGAUGCCCUUCGGGCAAAAAAUGAAGCAGAGAGAAAAACUCUUUUUGCAGAGCUGUUUAAAGACAUAAAGAAGCAAACCGAUGAAAUUAAAAAACUAGAGAAAAAACAUUCAAUUGAGCAAAAUUAUAAUAAAAAUCAACCACCUAGGAAAAAACGCAGAACUACUAAAGAUUUGGAAGAUUUUAGAAACAAUGGAAUACGUCUGGAGUUUCGUCGGAAGUACAACACUAGAAGCAGAAAAAUGACAUCCAACGGCAGUGAAUCUGAUUCCGAAGAUGAGAAUAAUGAAAACAAUUUGUCAAAAUUUAAAAGCAAUCGACCAAAGUUGAAAGUUUUAUUUCCAUGGGCAAAGCCAUUUCAACGAUCCAUUGAUUUGAUGAAAAUUGUAUGUGAUGUGGAUGAAGAGGAAGAAGAGGAAAAAGAUGACACAUCUGAUGAUGAUAGCUAUGUGGAAAAUAAACGAAAACGAAGAGGUUACAGAACAAGAAAAUCAUCAGAUUCAGAAAAUAUACCAUCAGUGGAUGAAAUUACAGAAGAAAUGUUAGAAAAUGUAGCAGAGAAAAGUACCCAGAAAACAUAUUGUAAAAUCAACGGUACUUCUUGUCAUCAAUGUAGACAGAAGACUUUAGAUACAAAAACAAUUUGUAGAUCAGGAGAAUGUGUAGGUGUUAGAGGACAAUUUUGUGGACCAUGCUUAUUAGGAAGGUAUGGCGAAAAUGCUGCAGAUGCAUUAAAAGAUCCUGACUGGGCUUGUCCACCUUGUAGAGGCUUAUGUAAUUGUAGUAUAUGUCGAACCAGAAAUGGACUUCGCCCUACAGGAAUUUUAGCCCCCACUGCACAGGAAGAAGGAUAUUCAUCUGUCAUGGAUUAUCUGCAAGUAGGAGAAUUUGAGGAUACAGAGUAAUAUUUUUAUACACAAUUCAUUCAUCUAAAUUUAUACUAAAUUUGCUUGCAUAUAUGUUAAAUUAUUGAUAUUUUAUUAAUAUUAAAUUACUCGUAUUUUAAUUAUUUAUGCUUAUACUAAGA